ACUAGAUCAACCUUGUGACCGCUACCUCUUCUUUGACUGUUCCUCCUCCUCCCCAAGCGCGCCACAAUACUUUUCAUCUAGCAUUCAGCCUGACUGCAGGUUGAGUCCCUCUGUUUGCGCACACCACUAUCCUGCGAGCAUCGCCAGGGCAAAAUGACCACCCCGACGUUGAUUAACCUCCCUCCCCCGCCGUCUGACCCGGUGACUCCAUCGGAUAUGGGCCCGGGGACCCCCAACUCCGGCACCACGUCGUUGUCGGCAUUGUCUACAACCGCCAUUAAGGAUGGCCAUCAAGGCCAGCCUCUUCCCCACGGUCGCCAUGCCCACCACGCCCAUUCUGCAUCAUCCACAUCCACUACUACUCUAGAAGCCGAACGCGCCGACCGUAUCUCCCGUCUAGCUGGUCUAGAACGGGUGGCUACUGCCCGGGCGGGUGGCACACCGCAGCCCAGUGGCAUAGUACCGGUACCUCAGUAUCCUGGAUACUUUGACAGUGGCUCCGGCAUCAAGGAAAGAAGUACAGUAGGUAGCGCCAGUGCAACGGGCAGCAUAGGGGCCCGCACGACCUGGGCGAGCGGCAGUGAUGCAUUUGAUGCGGACCGCAUGAGUGAGUACCCGGAGGAUGGAACGUCGAGCGUGGGCAACUUCAGCGAUGAAGGGGAUGCUAGCCUGGUCGCAUUUGGAGAGGGUGCCAGUACCAUCAGUGGACCGACUUCGCAUCCGCUGCUGAACCGAACAUCAUCGGGACAUCGACCGAGUUCGUUGAGCAGCCCGGGCGUGAGCCGCGCGAACCCAUUCGCAUCCCAUCUGCAGCACUCUGGGGAGGGGCCGAUGGUGCUGUCGACCCAUUCGCCCACGGGAUCCGUUACACCCGAGCCUACACAGGAUGCGCGGAUGGUGGAUGGAAUGACCUAUGAUCCAAAUGUGGUUGACACCACCGUGAGGACCCCGCGGUUGGCCACUCCCGCGCAGGGUGGCGAAUCAGCCGAGUAGGUUGCAGGGGUGGUGCAGGUGCAAAAGCCGGGCAAAAAGGACCAUAGGCGUUUCUUCGGGGAGAGGGGGGCUCUUAUUUUGUUUUAAUUUAUUGCGUUGCUUUAAAGAGGCUUGGGAUUUGGGGGGGGGAUUGUAAUU